AGUCGAGCUGCAGCGCACAGACACAGAAGAAGAAGACAUGGACAAUCUGCGCCUCCGAACAUUUAACAAAACCCUCGCUUAGACCGACUAUGUUGAGGGACACAUUUGGACACUGGGAUUUUUUAAUGGACUUGCGAUCGAAGGAGUUUUCUUUCUGUCCACAUCUACGUUGGACGUGGCGUUUGCGAAAAAGUAGCCUGAAUUAGUCAUUAAACACAACGUGCAUCGUUUGUUGUUGUUUAUAUCUGUAUUGUGCUCAAAGACAACAGCAGCACCCUGGACUACUCUCCUGAAACAGGAAUGGUUUAUCCUCCCGAAGGUUUAUUCUACAUCGAAAUGGAUCAAGCGCCACCAGCUCUGCCUCCCAGGUCAACAAAGCCAGUGUCUUCCACCAUGAACAACAACUGCCUUUCACCACCUGUGUAUUCGCUACAGGACGCUGAAUGGUACUGGGGAGACAUAUCCAGGGAUGAGGUCAACGAGAAACUCAGAGACAUGCCUGAUGGCUCCUUUAUGGUGCGUGACGCAUCCACAAAACUGCAAGGAGACUUUACGCUGACGUUGAGGAAAGACGGGCACAACAAGCUGAUCAAAAUAUACCACAAUGAUGGGAAAUACGGCUUCUCGGACCCCCUCACGUUCACUUCUGUGGUGGAGCUCAUCUGGCACUAUCAGCACCAUCCACUGGUGGAAUACAACGCCACCCUGGAUCUGAUGCUCACCAAUCCUGUGUCCCGUUUCCAGCAGGUGAAAGAAGACAGUGUCGACGUUGCAGGGAGAAAGCUGAAGGAGGUUCACUGUCAGUAUCAAGAGAAAACAAGGGAGUUUGAUUGUCUUUACGAAGCCUUCACCAAGACCUCACAGGAUGUAUUCACUGUGAUGCAGGAAAUCCAGAUGAAGCGCACCGCAAUUGAGGCCUUUAACGAGACAAUGCUGAUCUUCGAAGAGCAGUGUCGUGAACAGGAGCGUUACGGAGAGGAGUUUGAAAGGAACAAUCCGUCCGACGCUGCUGACACAGACCUGGAGAGCUUUCUGAUUAAUUAUGAGAAGCUCAAGUGUCGACUCGGGGAGAUCUACGACAGCAAAAUCCACUUGGAGGAUGACUUGAGAACACAGGUGGAGGACUACAGAGAGACAGACAGGAAGAUGAACAGCUUGCGACCUGACCUUAUCCAGCUACGCAACAUCAGAGACCAGUACCUCAACUGGCUUAACCACAAAGGCGUACGGCAGAAACGCAUAAACGACUGGCUGGGGAUACAGAGCGACAGCCUCGAUGACACCUACGUGUUGAAGGGAGAUGAGAAGAACUUGCCACAUCAGGAGGAGACGAGUUGGUUCGUUGGUGAAAUGAGUCGGACGCAGGCUGAGGAGAUGCUUCAAAGCAAAGCUUGCGGAACGUUCCUGAUCCGUGAGAGCAGCAAACAGGGAUGCUACGCCUGCUCCGUUGUUGUGAAUAAAGAAGUGAAGCAUUGCAUGAUCUACAGCACACCGCACGGAUACGGCUUUGCUGAGCCCUACGACGUCCACUGCUCACUGAAAGACCUUGUCCUGCACUAUCGCCUGCACUCUUUAGCGCAACACAAUGAUGCCCUGGACGUUCGGCUGUCACAUCCAGUGCACGCCAAAGCCGCAGCCACGCCUUCUCCACAUAUAGAGGACCGCAAACUCUUACAAACUCCAAAACACACAGUGGGGCUCCCGCCUGCAGCUCCAGAAAUGUAAUCCAACGGAGGGAGAGACAAAAGGACAUGUUUACUGUAUCCUGCGAGAACGACUGCAUCGAGGUGCAUUGUGUAAAAUUUUGCACUACAGUGAUUCCAUCGGUUUUUGUGAAUGAGAUUUCACAGAUUGAAGUGGGACCGGAACUUGAAUGUCAGCUUGAACUUUUCUUUUUCUUUUGUUUUCAAAGAGACUGUUUAAGCUUUCAAGAAAAAUAAAUUUGUACUUCAUUUAUUGCCGUUUGUUUAGUGGACACUUUUAGUAGGGAUGUUUGACGACCAGAAAAUUGCUCACUAACAUCAGGUGCUGCACCUUUGUUUGACUUCAACUUUUUACAGCUCGAGUUGAUGUUGCAAGAGAUGUCCUUUUGCAUAGUUCAAAUGAAUUCAGUUGUGAAAAACUGACCAGUAUGUUGGAUAUAUAUUAGGUUACGACUACUUUUUGUGAGAGUAGACGGUGAUGUGAACAGGCUGAUUCCGUCAUGGUGGCCCGAAAUUCUUGGAUAAAUGCCAGAUGUGAAUAUGUGAAACGUCAUGGGACACCUCGACAAUUGGCCCCUUUCUUAAUAGACAUUCAUAUACAGUGGAUAAUUAUGUAGCAUUAACAUCCUGUAGAAUACCAUUGUAAGAGCAUACUCAAUGUUAUAAUAUCCAUUGACCAAAGCACUUAAUAGUGAGCAAAUCUACAUCCCUGUUUUAGUCCGGUAAAAUGCAUAUUGGGCGAGGGGAGGGCAAUUUAUGUACACCUGCUGAUGUGCUGAUCAAAACAUAAUCUGAAGUACUGUAUGAUAUAUUCUGUUACUCAAAGAAGUAUAAGCUUUUUGUAUUCUAUAUAUAUUUUUUCUAUAAAUAUGCCACAAGAUGAAAGCUUGAAGAAAGUGCAAUCCAACAGUAUUUCUAUUGUUGCAAUGUAUGACGAUGAUGAUGGUGGUGAAGGUAAUGCUGUUAUGAGAGGUUGACAUUUGCCACACAAAAAAAAUGCACUCUCUUUGGUGGUGUCAGUGUGAUGUGGCCUCCGAUGUUUGUGUGAACUGCCAGAGGUCCGGACGUGUCCUGCCUCCAUUACUUGAACUGUGGCAUUGCUCAAGCUAUGAAUGUUUUUACAUGACAUGCAGCCUACAUAGCUUAAGAGGAAAGGAAUCCAUGUUGAACUUGGCACAUUUUUCAAGUUUGAGGACAAUAGAUACUCUGUACAGAGAAACUGUAAAAUGUAUUUCUGAGGUUGGUUUAUGGAAGGAGGGUGAUUAAGCCUCUUUAUGAAAAUAUAACUCCACUGAGGGGAUUGAGGAAGCUCCUCGGGUGAAGCUAAGCAAUGUGAGAUCCUGACCUUUUUUCUUGCUGAAAGACAAUAAACUGAUGAGGGUUUUGUCAAGUUA